ACACUAAUUGAUCAAUUGAGACUCAAGACUAAAUCACUUGAUGUAGUUCGAAAAGAACUAGAUUUCUUGUUGUCACAGAUUUGUUAUCAUGGAAGACAAUGUCUUCGACAGAGCUUAAUGGAGAAAACGAAUCCACGUAGCCAGCACUAAUUGAUCAAUUGAGACUCGAGACUACAUUGCUUGAUGUAUGCUUUCAUGUGAAUAUAACAUCAUGACCAAUAACCAAUUGACACAGUAGUCUUGUCUUUUAAGGCAUUUUACUCUGGCUUGUCUGAUAAAUUAAGGCGUUUUACUUUUGGUACAGAGUGCUAAUGGUUGACCUGUUAAUCCAACGGCUCUCUCUCUGACUCUCUUUCUUUUUCUAAGUGGUGAUUGGGAACCUUAUGUUGCUUAGGAGCUCAGAGAAAGGUAAUUUGAGGUUUUUUCUGUUAAGCAAAGACGAGUGGAAUGGAACGAAAAAGAGAGUUUACAAAGGAGCUCAAUGAAUGUAUCUUAGGAUGCAACACAAACUAUCAUACCAAUCUCUAUCUGAGGUGUUGAAAUGAAUGGGGCUCGGACCAGCAAGCCUCGCAAUCUUGAGAAAACUUUUCCUCGAUGCUUGGGAAGAAUGGUGAACCUCUUGGAUUUGAAUACGAGUCUAGAAGAAAACAGGUUUCUCACAGAAAAACCACAUCAUGAUGGUCCUUCACUGUCAGUGGGCCGAUCAGAUGCAGUUAGGAUGAGUCCUAUUGUUGAUCCAAUAGAGGAUAAAGAGAUAGUGUCUGAGAUAAGGAGAAGCUCUUCAAAUAAAAAAUCAAAUUUAACUCCAAUGAAGAUGCUCAUAGCUCAGGAAAUGUCAAAAGAGGCGGAGUCCAAGCGGAACCCUCCCUGUGUAGUGGCCAAGUUAAUGGGGCUUGAUGCUCUCCCUCAGCAACGGUCUGAUUCAGCUGUGCAAAGAAGCCAUUCAAGAGGCUAUUCACAAAGUCAUUUGAGCAUUCCCUUGGAUUUUUGGCCGCAAGAAGAUGAGUUGGAGAUGCACAUGCAACGGGAGAUUCCUCAUUGUCAAUCAGAGAAUGAGUAUAAAGAUGUAUACGAAAUAUGGCAGGAAUCAGAGGAAGGAUGUUAUGCAAGAGAGUCACCACAGAAAGGACGGCAUAGUGAGAGCAUAAAUGAGAAAAAGAUGGAUCUUGUUCGUCAAAAGUUCACUGAAGCAAAACGCCUAUCCACGGAUGAAAAACUUCACCAAUCCAAACAAUUCCAUGAUGCAGUGGAAGUUUUAAGUUCUAACAAAGAUUUCUUUCUCAAGUUUCUGCAGGAACCAAACUCCUUAUUCUCUCAGCAUCUCCUUGCUGAUUUUCAGUCAUUGCCUCCACCUCUGGAGACCAAGCGCAUCACUGUUCUUAGACCUUCAAAGGUGGUGGAUAAUAAAAAAAAUUCUGGACUGGGGAAGAAGGAUGAGAAGCAGAUAAAGAGAGCAUCCGACGUGGAUCAAUUGAUUGGUUGGGGCAAAAGCGGUCCUGGAUGUCCUCCCAAUUUGCGGGUCAAUGAUAAUCCCACUCCGCCGACGCGAAUAGUAGUGUUAAAGCCUACCCCUGGGAAGCCUCAUGAGAUUAAGUCUGUGGUGUCUCCUCCACCUUCCUCUUCAGGAGUGUUACACGGUCAAGAAUUGUAUAGGGAACGAGAAGAUGAAACUCAAGAAUCAGGAGAAGAGGCAAAAGAGACCAGGUGGCCAGUACGUGAAAACCUUAGUGGACAUCGAAGGGAUGAAACUUUGCUUUCUUCUGUGUUUUCUAAUGACUGUAUUGGUUAUGAAAGUUCCUCCAUUAAAUCAGAGAAUGGAUAUGCAGUGGGGAACAAUGACGACAUUGAAGUCGUAUCGCCAACUUGUAGGCAUUCAUGGGAUUACAUCAAUAGCUAUGCUAGCCGUUAUUCAUCCUCCUCCUUCAGCCGUCCAUCUUAUUCCCCAGAGUCAUCUGUAUCUAGAGAAGCAAAGAGGCGACUUUCUGAAAGGUGGGCCAUGAUGGCAUCUAAUGCAAAUUUUCAAGAGCAAAGACAUGCCCGGAGAAGCUCUGGUACUUUGGGUGAGAUGCUUGCCCUAUCUGAUACUAAGAGGUCUGUUAGAUCUGAGAAAGAGGGUAUGAAUAAAGAACAGGAACCAAGGGGAUCAAAGUCAAGCUCAGCUAGUGGGUUGAAUAAGGAUGAAAAUGUGGAUAACUCUCCUCGGAAUCUGUUGAGGUCAAAAUCUCUUCCGGUAUCUUCUACUUUGUUUGGGGGCAGGCUGAAUGGUGAAGUUCCAGAUCCUAAAGUUGGUAGGCCAGAUGCCAAGGAGGUAACAAAGCAACGAAAUGUGAAAUCAUCCCUCAAAGGGAAAGUUUCAAGUUUAUUCUUCUCGCGGAAUAAAAAUUCAAGUAAAGAAAAAUCUAGUGCAUCCCAAUCCAAAGCUGAAACUAAAAAAUCUGCUGGAACGGUGGUAAACGCCACUGAAAACAAUCAUGAUGAUGCAUCCCAAUGUGCUAAUGAUAGUGGGAUUGAGGAGGGUUCAUUGCGGAUUUUGCGAGGAUCGUCAAGCAAAACAUCAUUGCCAAAUGUCGUUGGCGUGGGGCCAAAGCAGGCCACAAUGUCUCCCGAGGCAGGAUUAUUUCUAAUAAAGUCAGAGGUGUUUGGACACCCCUGUGAGAACCAGGAUCAGCCGAGUCCAGUCUCAAUUUUGGAACCACCAUUUCUAGAGGAUGACUGUGUAAAGUUAGAACCCUACAACAUCAAUGCAGACAAGCAUGGAGCAAAGCUGUCUGCUCAUUCUAUCAGAUCCAACCUUAUUGACAAAUCCCCACCCAUUGGAUCAAUUGCCCGGACUCUUUCACGGGAUGACUCAUGCGUGGAGACUGCCACUUCAUAUCAACUAAAACCCUCUUUGGUCUCCCAAGAACCUGAGGUGGAAGAACAGGAAUGGCUCUUCCACAUCCAAUCCCUAUUAUCAGCGGCUGGACUUGAUGGUGAGGUGCAAUCUGACUCUUUUUUUCCCAGAUGGCAUUCGCCUGAAAGCCUACUGGACCCCUCAUUGAGAGAAAAAUAUACUGACCUCAAUAAUGAGGAGAUAAUACACGAGGCUAAGCGAAGGAAAAUGAGAUUGACGCGGAAUCUUGUAUUCGACUGCGUCAAUGCAGCUUUGGUAGAUAUUUCAGGGUAUGGGUCAGGAACAAGUCCAAGGGCAUCAGAGGGUCCAUCACCCGCAUUGGUGGAUCAGGUGCGGGACUGGAUGAAGGAAUGGUUUCCGUCCGAGGUGAGGUGUUUUUCGGGUGUUGGUGGGGACACCCACGGCCUGGUGGUGGAUGCGGCGGUGAGGAAGGAUGUGGUGGGGAAAGGAUGGGUUGAGCAGAGGAGUUUGGAAAUAGACAAUAUUGGAAAGGAAAUAGAAGGGAUGUUGGUGGAAGAGCUUGUGCAGGAGGCUCUGGUUGAAUUGAUAGGAAGAGUGUGCUGAGGCUUUUCUUUCUUUCUUUCUUUUUUUUUUUGACCUUUUCUUAUCUUAGCAGCUAUUUCUUAACUUAUAUAGCUCUAUCCUUAUUUCCUUCUUGUGGUUUGCAUUGUUGCCAAUAUGUAAAAGUGUCUUGUAUCCAAAAUCUUUUGUUUUAGUACUAUUUUGAUUUCAAAUAGCUUCUUAA